AUGUACUCAGUCCGGCAACAACCAGCAUCACCCUUCGAAGGGAGUAGCAGCAGCAGCACGAUUCCUGUAUGGUUUCAAAAUUUCACGCCAAAUAAUGCAAUUUUCCCGUUCUUAUUGCCAGCUACUGCAUCUACACUGCUUGGAUCAAUGGUACCGAAGGCCUUACCACCUCUGCUAGCAGCUAAUCCGGCCAAAAAUUUGACGCUGACACUGAUACGUGGCGAUCUGCCGGAAGCUAUAAAUCUUCAGCUGCAGCUAACUAACGAUCAAAAUGGUACGUCUCUCAAAACUGGAGUGGGGAAAGGAAUACGAAAAACGGACUGA